GACCGCCCUCGGUUUCAGGACUCCUCCCUCCAGUGGUGGCUUUAAAACAGCUUGUUGACAGCAGGUUUCAGUCUGAUAGAAGACAAAAUGGAUUUCCUGAUGUUUUCAGCAACAACAUGGACCUUAGUUGCUCUCUGUGUCACGCUGUUAUUACUAUACGGAACCUGGCCAUACAGGUUUUACAAAAAGAUAGGGGUAUCCGGACCGAGACCCCUCCCUUUUGUGGGAACCAUGUUGGGUUUCUCAAAGGGAAUAUUAACCUUUGACCGUGAAUGCAAAGCCAAAUAUGGGGAUAUCUGGGGUUUGUUUGAGGGGCGAACCCCGUUGAUGAUGGUUGCUGACCCUGUGAUGAUAAAAGCCAUCUUGGUGAAGGAGUGCUACACUGCGUUUACAAAUCGCAGGAAUUUGAUUGGAGAUGGUGGACCUCUAGACGAUGGAAUCACAGUAGUGAAAGAUGAAAGGUGGAAACGAAUUCGCAGCACAAUAUCUCCAUGUUUUACCAGUGGAAAGCUUAAACAGGUUUUUCCAUUGGUUGUUAAAAUUGCAGACAGACUUAUGGAAAAACUUAAACAAAUGGAUUUGAAUGAGCCCAUUCAUGUCAAGCAAUUUGUUGCACCAUACAGUUUGGAUGUGGUGACCAGUGCUUCCUUCAGUGUGGAGAUUGACUCUAUUAACAACGUCAACGACCCUGUUCAUGCUCACAUGCAGAAGAUUCUGAACUUCAGAUUUUGGCCUUUUCUUUUACUGUCGAUCUUUCCCUUUGGUCGUCCCCUGCUGAAGCUCCUUAAAGUUGAGCUUAUGCCCAGAUCCAGUUUGGACUUUUUCUACGACAUCAUUAAGAAAUUUAAAGACCAGCACAGUGCAGAGGAAUCGACUCGGGGGGACUUCCUGCAGGUGAUGAUCCGGAAUGAGAUUCCAGAAUCCGACCUAAAGAGCGAAAAUGAGCAACCAAGUAAAGGUUUGACCGAACACGAGAUCCUUUCUCAGGCUUUGACAUUCAUCUUCGGUGGCUACGAGACAACCAGCACAACUCUGUCUUUCAUCCUUUACAAUCUGGCUGUAAACCCUGAUGUCACCCAGACAUUGCAAAAAGAAAUCGAUGGCUGUCUGCAGAAAAAUAAUUCCAUUUCCUUUGAGGACCUGAACAACAUGGAGUACCUGGAACAGGUUUUCUGUGAGUCACAGCGAUUAAUUCCCACCGCACCUCGACUUGAGAGGACUUGUAAAAAGACGGUGCAGAUUAACGGCCUCACCAUCCCCGAGGGAACGUUAAUUGGGAUUCCAGUGCAUUUAUUGCACAUGGACCCACGAUACUGGAGCUCGCCUGACCUUUUCAAACCAGAAAGGUUCAGUAAGGAGAAUGAGAAGGAUCUGAACCCAUACGCAUACAUGCCGUUCGGCCUCGGCCCUCGUAACUGUGUUGGGAUGCGAUAUGCAGUCCUCGUCAUGAAGAUGCUCAUUGUGCGCAUCCUGCAGAGUUACACUGUGGAAACAUGCAGAGACACCGUGAUCCCAAUUCAGUUCGACUGGAAGUUUCAACCAACCAAGCCUGUGAUGCUGAAGUUUGUUCCUAGAAGACUAUGAUGGAGGAGAGUUGAUGUCCAUGUGUAAUUAACUUCUAAUGUCUUUAACAGUUCGGCAGGAUCAUUGUUGUUGAAUGUUGUGUAAUUCUAGCAAUGGUGAAAAAUCAGAUCGCUUCGAAUACUUUUAAAAAUCUGUCUUUAUCUCUGACAUAAAACCAUCUAAACAGAUCACAGAAAAAAAACUGUUAUUUUUAGAAAAACUGUGAUUACUGUUAUAUUUUUCUUUCGUCCUUUGAAGUGAAAGGUACAUUAUGCAUGUACAGUACCUUGCAGAAAUAUUCAUACCCCUUGAAAAAAAUAUAUAGAAUGUUGAAACCACAAACUUAUAAGUUUUGGACAUUUACUGUAUGUGAAAGACCAACACAAAUCAGUGCAGUGGAAUACAUUUCUUUUCUGAGGAUACCACUGCCUUUUUAUUUUUUAAAUGUCAUACUUUUUCAGACUCAAAUUUCCACAUAUAGUCAGAUUUGAUAAGAUUCUGUACAUUUCAGUACACAAAUAUUACCCUUGAACUGCCUGAAUAGCAGCCAGGUCUCAUUAUCUGUAGUUUCCACAAAUCAUAGGACUAAAAAAGCAGGAACUAGCUUUUAAUUUUGUGUAUGCAGCCAUUUCACAGCUUUUUUGACAUCCAACCUAAAAAGAAGUAAAAACAGCUCUCUUUGAAUAAUCUAUACCUCUUGGACCUUUAAAUACGGAAUUCUUUCUAAAUGAAGAUGCAGAUUUGUGAACAUUGGUACCAUUGAAACCCCAUAUCACAUUUAUUUCUCUUCAGUCAUCUACUACUUUGUGCUACUUUUCUAUCAUAUAAAAUAUGAAAUGGUUUGAGAAGUUCAUACUUCUGUAAGGCACUGUGUACUCUUUCUUACAAAAGGACUUUAUUGUAGAUUUCAUUAUUGGUGUGAAUCAAUUAAAUAAUUUUUUGUAAUAUUUUAAUGUUUUUUAAAUGAACAGUGAUCUUUAUUUUCCUUUAAUCUUCUAAACACUCAGUGGACAUAAGGUUUUUCAUUAUAUAUUCAUAAAUAAUUGAAAAAUGUUUAAAAGGCCA